CGAUCUUAACAACAUGACAGACGCCGCACCAGUAUCCAGUACAGCAGCAACUCCGGUUGCUUCGUCACCGGCCGCCGCCAAGAAGUCUCCGUCCAAAAAGAAGACGGCCGCUAAAAGCGGUGCAGCGAAAAAAACCGUAGCCACCCAUCCACCUACGUCGUUUAUGGUGACGUCUGCGCUCAAAGAGCUGAAGGAACGAAAGGGAUCGUCGUUACCAGCUAUUAAAAAAUAUUUGGCUGCCAAUUACAAAGUGGACCCGUCCAAAGUGGCUCCGUUCAUUAGGAAGUUCCUGGCCGCAUCUGUGACAAACGGCGUUAUUGUUCAAACCAAAGGUCAUUACAAAUUGGCUGUCACCGAAGUCAAACCUAAAAAGGCCGUCGUACCGAAGAAACCAGUUGCGAAAAAAGUGAAACCCGCCGCGAAUACACCCAAAAAGACGAAGUCGAGCCAGACCACCACUAAGAAGCCAAAAUCUGCGUCUGGUGAACCUGCAGCGAAGAAGGUGAAAAAAACUCCCAUAAAGACUGUUGUUAAGACCGUCGCCGUUAAACCCAAGAAAGCGGCACCGAAGAAACCAGCUGCUAAACCUAUAGCGUCGAAGAAAGUUGUGACCAAGAAACCCGCCAAAAAGUAAAAUUGCGUGCGCAUCAUUAU